AUGGGUUCGGUAUAUGUAUAUAUAAAUACAGAUACUGCGUGCAGCAGCCUCGGGAGUUUCUUGAACCUUUCGCGCUCUCGUCUUUCUCCUGCGCGUAUGAACCGUUACUGACCCAGUAAGUUGCGCCGCGAAUUAGCGAGAAAGAGAGAGAGAAACAUCGACGAGGACGUCCGUAUAGCGCGCCGCAGUCGCGACGAGCACCAGCGCCCCGGCGAGAGGUCAUCGCGAUAUUAUAGCCGGCAGCGUCGACGGGGACAGGUGUGCGUUGCAGCAUUUCCACUACUGCCGAGUCCGCGAACGGAGCCAAGACCGGAGCCGACCUUCGCUGCAGUACACGUGAGAGCGGAACCGCGAGUGUGGCUGUCUGUGCCGAGAGCGAGCUCUUCAAGGUCAGCAGGUUUUUAGCAUUGCGUUCUCUAUUGGAGCAAGAUGAUUUGGCUAUAUUUGGGAUUUUUCCUGGUUGGAAGUGCCGUGGCACAAGUGCCUUUCUUAGGAGGAUGCCCCAAGGUGGAAACUAUGCCAAAUUUUAACACGCAAAAGUAUCUUGGAGAGUGGUACGAAGCAGAGCGUUACUUUGCUUUCUUCGAGUUCGGUGGAAAAUGCGUCACUGCAACGUACCAAGCUAAUGAUAACGGCACCGUGAGCGUCGUCAACAGGCAAAUUUCAUCCUUGAGCGGCGUCGCGUCGAGCAUCAAGGGUUUUGCAGCUCAAAAGAGCCCCGAGAGAUCUAAACUGUCGGUCGUCUUUCCUUCCUUGCCCGUUCAUUUUGACGCGCCUUACUGGAUCCUCGACACUGAUUACACUUCUUACGCCGUUGUAUGGAGUUGCAACGAUUUCGGCCUUUUCAGCACACGAAACGCUUGGAUCUUAACCAGAGAACAACACCCAGCAGUUGCUACCGUAGAAAAAGCAUAUCAAGUAUUGGACAAGAACCAAAUCAGCAGAGCAUUUUUCGUUCGAACAGAUCAGAAGAAUUGCCCCCAGCAGAGUCAAAGCACCACCGAAAGUUCAGAAUCAAAUCAAAUUUCUUAAGCUUAUAUGGUUGGCGUGUAUAUUUAUAAGUUAUCGAUUUACUAAAGUUCCAAAUAGUCGUUAAAUCUUAUUUAUUGUAAAUAGAUGAAAAUGAACUUUGAAAAUUGUGAAUAAGUAGAAAUUCGUAUUUGCUUACACCGUUUGACAGUAAAGAAAAGUAUACGAGAAAUGUUGAAAAAUAGUCAAGUUCGUGAUGAUUGGUUUUAAAUUUAUAGUUUUAUUAUAUUAUUUAUUUAUUGUAAACAAAUGGUAUGUUAUAACAACUACUAAGUGCUUGGCUGAGUACUUAAGUUGAACAAAAUGAUUUAAUUUAUUGUUACUUAUCGAAUAUAUAUAUAUAUAUAUAUAUAUACACAAAUGUGAUAUUGCAAUUCACUUUUAAUUAUUUUUAUGCUCUAUGAUAUAAUUUGCCCUAAAAUUUUUAAUAUUUUGUAAUGAUAAUUGAAGUUUCAAUCUUGGUCCCGAAAGAAGAAUCAUCCCGCCAUCUGUGAAGUGAAUGGUGAUACUAAAUGACCGGCACAGUGGUCCCAGAGUUUACCAUGAGAUGGCGACAGGUUGUACAAAGAUUUAUCGCCGUAUAAUACACUCAGUUACCGGCUCAUAAUAACUAACUCAAAGAUAAUUUGUUCUUAAUCAUCAUAAUCUUAUAACAGAUACAUUACUCUUUCAAGCUUUCAAGUACUAUUUAUUAAUUUUAAAAUGUUUUACAGAAAUUGAAAAAGUUAACUGGUUUUGGCAUCAGUGCAUCAUUUCUGCAAUAAAUUUAAUAUACUAAUUAGUUAUA